AUCUGGUAUUUGGACUAUAAAAAGUGAUUGAAGAAAUAAACCAAUAACACAUGCAAGCAUACCCAUCAAUUCUUGAUUAGAACAGUCAAUAAAUGGCUACUACUGCACAACGCUGCAAGACAUGUGGAAGAGCCAUGGUUAAGAUACCCCGGUCUCAAUAUGAAAUGUGUCCUGUUUGUCGGACAGCCAGCGUCUUCAACAAUAGGAUAAAAAGACCCCUUUUUACCCGAGUAGGGCAAUACGUCAAUGGAGUAUUAAAUCAGGAUGAUCUUCAAGGACGGCCUCAGAUACCAGCACCAUCACAUCAGGUUGUUACUUCCUUGACCGCAUAUGCUGACAGAUCCCAAAAUUUUCUACGACCGCAUCUGGCUGCUGGUUUGCCAAAAGCUAAAUUUUACCAACAAUCUUCUUCGGUUCAUGGGAAGAAAAGAGCAGUUUUGUGUGGUGUGACCUACAAAAACCAUAAAAAGAAACUAGAAGCAAGUGUUUAUAAUGUUAAAAGCAUGCAUCAAAUAUUAGUGAACAAACUUGGUUUUCCAAAUGCUUCCAUCCGCAUUCUUACUGAAGAGGAAACAGACCACUCGAGGAUUCCAACAAAACGUAACAUAGAAGAGGCAUUGCAUUGGCUAGUCCAAGGUUGCCAAUCUGGCGACUCAUUAAUGUUCUACUAUGCAGGGCAUGGUACCCAAGUGCGUGAUGUGAAUGGAGAUGAGAUCGAUGGGUAUGACGAAGCACUGUGCCCUGUUGAUUACAAAGAGGCCGGAAAAAUCUUGGAUGAUGACAUCAAUGCCACCAUUGUAGCACCGCUACCUCAUGGGGUAACACUUCAUAGUGUCAUUGACACUUGCUUCAGUGGAACUCUUCUAGAUUUACCUUUCCUCUGCAAGAUUAACCAGGAUGGAUUCUAUAUGUGGGAAGAACACCAACUUACCAAUAAGGGGACUAAUGGUGGAAGAGCAAUAUGUAUUAGUGCUUGUGCCGACGAUCAAAACUCAGCAGACACAUCAGCUUUCACAGGAAAUGCGAUAGGUGCAUUGACUUUUAGCUUUAUCCAAGCAAUGGAAACUGAAAGCAAUCUGACAUAUGGAAGGUUACUUAGCUCCAUGCGCAAAAAAGUCUUUCAAGCUCAACAAGUGGUCGGCCGACUUGCUCCUUUUGCAUCUUCUAAGAGUCAGGAGCCUCAGCUAUCAUGUUCCACGAGAUUUGAGCUUUAUUCGGAGCCUGUCAUAUUUUAGAGAAUGUAUCAAGCUGUGUUGACUCCAAAUAAACAAAAAAGAAUGUCAGUAGAGAAAACUAGUAGUGUAAACGUCACUAUUAUGUUUGGUGAUAUGAAAUAGACUUCCUUUAGAAACUCUAAGGGGCCGUUUGGUUCAAAGAAUAUAAGGCAAUUUAGUGGAAAGGAAUUUGAAAUUUUCUUUGUUAACCUAACAUGGAUUCAUGAAACUAUGUGGGCUACCUUCAAUUUUAUCAAUAAAUGUUUUUGCCUUUUAAAGAAA